ACUUUCAAAAAGCAGAAUAAAUGAUAAAAAUGCCUAGUUUUCAGACCGUGAAAACUCCUACAGAAAACGUCUGACCUAAAAUCUAAUUUAUCAGGUGGAUUUAAAAGUUUAUACAUUUCAUCUGGAAACAUUUAUAUCAGAUAUGUCAUAUAGGAGUCAGUUUGUUCACUUAUAUCUUCAUUCGCACCUAGAAUAUUGAAUUUUAGGACGAUAACCCUUGCUUGUCGGUAUUUUAUACGAUAAGAAUAUUUAUGAAAAAGUCUUUGCUUACCUUGAUCUGUUUUAAGAAAAACACUCCUAUGUGGCACUUUUUUGGUGAAAAGUUACGUUUUACUGACUCAGGGUGGGAAAAACUGGGGUAUAUAAAUGUGAAAUACGAUAUGAAAGGUAUUUAUUCACUCUCCUUUAAACUCCUUUACAAACAUAGUUUGGUAAACUUAUGACCACUUUUAUUCAAUUAACUGAUUCAGUACAGACCAUUUUUAUUUGAAAAUAAUUUUUGUCGUGGAAAUAUAUCAUAUGAAAACUACUAACCACUGGACUUCUAUUCAGCGAUUAUGUGCUUAAUCCAAGGUCAGAAUUUUGAAGAGUACUAAAUUAAAACAGAGCAGCGUUUUGCUGCUCCCUGCUUUCCAUGAGUUUUUAUGGUUGGCUUCAGGUGGAAAUGGAGAUAAUUUUAUGUUUUAUUACUGGAUCUUAUGAUCGUACAUGUAAAGUUUGGCAAACUGAAACUGGAUGUGAAGUAUACACACUGGAGGGACACAGAAAUGUGGUAUAUGCAAUUGCAUUUAAUUUGCCUUUCUCAGAUAAAAUUGCAACUGGUUCAUUUGAUAAAACUGCUAGAUUAUGGAGUGCUGAAACUGGUAAAUGUCAUUAUAUUCUACAAGGUCAUACAGCAGAAGUAGUUUGUAUACAAUUUAACCCAACUAGUAAUCUUAUUGCUACAGGCAGUAUGGAUACUCUCGCAAAAUUAUGGGAUGUAGAAACUGGAAGUGAAUUAGCCAGUUUAAAUGGUCACACAGCUGAAGUUAUUGCAUUACAAUUUUCUCAGUGCAAUUCAAUUACAACUUAUGGAACAUCAAGUGAAAAUAAUGGUCCUUAUGGAGAUUCUGUAUGCGGAGCAGGUAAUGGACGCCUAAUGUUAACAGGAAGCUUUGAUCAUACUGUUUGUUUAUGGGAUGUAAGAACUGGUGAACGCACACACCAUCUGAUUGGUCAUGCUGCAGAAGUCUCAGCUGCCUCAUUCACUUAUGAUACUUGUUUAGUUGCAACAGCUUCAAUGGACAAGACUGUUAGAGUGUGGGAUACUAGAACUGGUCGUCAACUACACUUGCUUACCGGUCAUCAGGAUGAAGUAUUAGAUGUAACAUUUGAUCCCAGUGGUCGACGUCUGGCUAGUGCUAGUGCUGAUGGUACUGCAAGAGUAUGGAAUGUUGGUAUAAGUGGAGAGACAAAAAGUGCAAAAUUCCUGUCUACACUUAUAGGACAUGAAGGCGAAGUUAGCAAAGUAUGUUUUAAUUCACCUGGUAGUCUAGUAUUAACAGCUAGUUCAGAUAAAACAGCACGUUUAUGGGAUGUAGAAACUGGUGAACUAAAAGAUAUUUUAUCUGGACAUACAGAUGAAGUAUUUAGUUGUGCAUUCAAUUAUGAAAGUGAUACAAUUAUAACUGGAUCUAAAGACAAUACAUGUCGUAUAUGGAAAUAACACUUUUAACAAUAAUCAUUAUCAUGAACUUUCUUUGACUUCUUUUGUGUGUGUUUUUUUUUUCUUAACUCGAAAGGUUUCUUCUAAAGUCCCUUAAAAAAGAAAGUUGUAAUUUUUACUUGAAUUUCAUUUCAUUUUAAAGAAAAAAAAAAGAAAGAUUGCAUUUCUUGUGUAUAUUCACUUACCUCGGUGUUGUAUAAUUUCAAAUCUAAUAUACACUAUUUAUUGCUCA